GUUCUCCUCCGUACUGAUUGGCAUGCUGUGCUCGACGAUACCUGUCUCCAUCAUCGGUAUCCGCUUCGCGAUGGCUGUAGACCCGUUCUGGAAGCCCGAACAAUAUAUUCCAAUUGUUGGCAUGUUAUGUGGAGGAACGAUAUCAGGAAUCGUUGUUUCCGUAUCCUAUGUAUUACAGGAGAUUUACGAUAAUCGUGACAAAGUAGAAAUGUACCUCGCAUUUGGAGCAUCACGGUUCGAAGCGUGUAGACCUGUUGCACGAGAAGCACUUCGUCUUGCACUGACUCCAACGAUCAACCAAAUGAGCGUGAUCGGAAUUAUUGCUAUUCCAGGCAUGAUGACAGGUGCCAUCCUUGGUGGUUCUUCUGUCCAGCAGGCUGCGCGGCUCCAGAUGGUUAUCAUGUUCAUGAUAUCCGCCUCCACAGCACUCGCAUCGAUUAUCACCACAAUCAUAACACUUUCUGUCGUUGUCGACGGCGAGGACCGCAUCCGCCCAGACCGCGUCGAUGUGCGCGAGCAUCCGGUCUGGCGUGCGAGGAACUGGCUCAUCAGUCGAGCUAUGGACGGGGUGAAGCAUACCGUGCGGAGCUGCCGUGGGCUCAGGCGUCAGGAGGGACAAAAUGGGAGUGUGGAGGCGGAGAGGUUACUGGGGUGAUGUUUGACCUAUCAAAUUAUUCGCGCUUGCUUGCUUACAAUGCAGAGUGUUCCACACCCUUUAUUUAAAAUGUUCUCCUGAAGAUCUAAUCUUGCUUGGAUGAUUAAUUAUACCCUGAUCUUGGAAGUCUA